ACGCUGCAGCCGAACAUCGCGCCGGAUGUCGACUUCAGAACCUUGCGUGCCAUUAGGGUGCUGAGGCCCCUUAAAUUAGUAUCGGGCGUCCCUAGUCUGCAAGUGGUGUUGAAGUCUAUCAUCAAGGCAAUGGCGCCACUGCUGCAGAUCGGAUUACUGGUGCUGUUUGCGAUCGUUAUAUUCGCCAUCAUCGGCCUCGAGUUCUAUUCCGGGGCACUUCAUAAGACUUGUUAUAAUUUAGAAGAUAUUAAUGAAAUAAUGAAUGAGGGCGACAGUGCCACGCCGUGCAACGCAGACAACAAGAGCUUGGCGCCGUUGGGGGCCAACGUUUGCGAAUACGAUAAGAGCACGUGCUUAGAGAAGUGGGAGGGACCCAACAAGGGCAUCACGUCGUUUGAUAACAUCGGCUUCGCUAUGCUCACCGUCUUCCAGUGUAUCACGAUGGAGGGCUGGACUGCCAUCCUCUAUUGGACGAACGACGCUUUAGGCAGUGCAUUCAAUUGGAUUUAUUUUGUGCCUCUAAUAGUAUUGGGUUCAUUCUUUAUGCUCAACUUAGUUCUCGGUGUUCUUAGCGGAGAGUUCGCUAAAGAAAGAGAGAAAGUAGAAAAUAGGCAAGAAUUUCUUAAAUUAAGAAGACAACAGCAACUAGAAAAAGAACUCAAUGGUUAUGUUGAGUGGAUAUGUAAAGCCGAGGAAGUAAUUUUAGCUGAAGAAAGAACCACCGAGGAGGAGAAAAUGCACAUAAUAGAAGCGAGGAGAAAAGCAGCGGCCAAAAAGAAGUUAAAAAACCUCGGAAAAAGUAAAAGCACCGACACUGAAGAGGAGGAGCAGGACGAGGAGUGCGGUGACGACGUUCCAAAGAAAAAGCAAGGUUUUUUGAAGAGCAAGACGCGUUCGGUGGGCAAGUGUGCAGACUUCUGGCGGGCGGAAAAGAGAUUUCGUUUUUGGAUCCGGCACACGGUGAAGACGCAAUGGUUCUACUGGUUCGUCAUUGUGCUGGUGUUGUUCAACACGAUAUGUGUCGCCGUAGAGCAUUAUAAACAACCUAAAUGGCUAACCUCAUUUUUAUAUUAUGCCGAAUUUGUGUUCUUGGGUCUUUUUAUGAUGGAGAUGUGGGUGAAGAUGUAUGCUUUGGGACCGCGAAUAUACUUCGAAUCUUCUUUCAACCGGUUUGACUGCGUGGUCAUAUCGGGAUCCAUAUUCGAAGUGGUGUGGUCCGAGGUGAAGGGAGGCUCGUUUGGCCUGUCUGUGUUGAGAGCGUUAAGACUGCUGAGGAUAUUCAAGGUCACCAAAUACUGGUCAUCCCUCAGGAACCUAGUGAUAUCACUGCUGAACUCCAUGAGAUCCAUCAUCUCACUGCUGUUCCUCCUGUUCUUGUUUAUCCUCAUCUUCGCUUUGCUCGGCAUGCAGUUGUUCGGCGGCCAGUUCAACUUCGAGGAGGGAACGCCGCCGACUAACUUCAAUACCUUCCCUAUAGCGCUGCUUACUGUCUUCCAGAUUUUAACAGGUGAAGAUUGGAACGAAGUGAUGUAUCACGGCAUCGAAUCACAGGGUGGCAUUCAGAAGGGCAUGAUCUACUCUUUGUAUUUCGUUAUAUUGGUGCUUUUCGGGAACUAUACACUGCUCAACGUGUUUCUUGCCAUCGCUGUCGAUAACUUGGCUAACGCUCAGGAGUUGACGGCGGCGGAAGAGGAGCAGGUGGAGGAGGACAAGGAGAAGCAACUUGCAGAAUUGAAGAAAGAGAUGGGAGCGUUACACGCGGUGGACGGGAUACCACCCGAAGUAGAUUCCCCGUCGCCCACUACCAGGAAGAACAAAAAGAAAGAAGAGGCCAAAAAGGAGGAUGAUGACGAGGUGCCAGAUGGACCAAAACCAAUGCUGCCAUAUUCGUCCAUGUUCAUUUUGUCACCCACUAAUCCAAUUAGGAGAGGCGCACAUUGGGUUGUAAAUUUAAAAUACUUUGAUUUUUUUAUCAUGAUUGUUAUAUGUAUGAGUUCUGCGGCUUUAGCAGCUGAAGAUCCUGUAGUUGAAGAAAGCGCCUGGAAUAAAAUAUUAAAUUUAUUCGAUUACGCGUUCACCGGUGUAUUCACCGUUGAAAUGUUACUCAAGAUUGUUGAUCUGGGUAUACUAUUUCACCCGGGUGCUUAUCUUCGUGAUCUGUGGAACAUCAUGGAUGCUGCUGUCGUAAUAUGUGCCCUAGUAAGCUUCGGUUUUGAAAUCGGAGGCGUGAAAAAGGGCGCUCAGAAUCUAUCGACGAUAAAGUCGUUAAGAGUGUUGCGAGUGUUAAGACCGUUGAAAACUAUAAAACGAAUCCCUAAAUUAAAAGCAGUGUUUGACUGUGUGGUGAACUCUUUGAAAAACGUCAUAAACAUUCUCAUAGUGUACAUAUUGUUUCAAUUCAUAUUUGCUGUAAUUGCAGUACAACUUUUUAAUGGUAAAUUUUUUCACUGCAACGAUAUCAGUAAGAAUACAUUUGAAGACUGCCAAGGGUCGUAUUUCGUCUACGAGGCGAAUAGCCUGCUGCCGAAAGUAAGCAAACGGCAGUGGACGACGCAAUUCUUCCAUUACGACAACGUCGCCACUGCCAUGCUCACGCUUUUUGCGGUACAGACGGGAGAAGGGUGGCCACAGGUGUUACAAAACUCCAUGGCUGCUACAUAUGAAGAUAGGGGACCCAUACAAAACUUUCGAAUAGAAAUGUCCAUAUUUUAUAUAGUUUAUUUUGUGGUGUUUCCGUUCUUCUUUGUUAAUAUAUUCGUAGCUCUGAUAAUUAUCACAUUUCAAGAGCAAGGUGAAGCCGAAUUACAAGACGGUGAAAUUGAUAAGAAUCAGAAAUCGUGUAUAGACUUUACUAUAGAAGCGCGGCCUCUUGAAAGGUAUAUGCCAAGCAAAAGGGCGAGUUUUAAGUACAAAGUGUGGAGAAUAGUAGUCUCUACGCCUUUUGAGUACUUCAUCAUGACUCUCAUCGUACUCAACACAUUGUUACUCAUGAUGAAGUUUCACGAGGCUCCAACACUACUCAUGGACUCGUUAUCAUUAAUGAACCUCAUCUUUACGAUCUUCUUCUUUCUCGAGACCGUUAUGAAGCUGAUUGCCUUCGGAUGUCAGAAUUUUUUCAAAGAUCCAUGGAAUACAUUCGAUUUUAUAACGGUCAUUGGAAGUAUUAUUGACGCUCUCAUCAUGGAAUUGGGCGAGAACACUUUCAACGUCGGUUUCCUCCGCCUGUUUCGAGCCGCGCGACUGAUCAAGCUGCUCAGGCAGGGCUACACCAUUCGAAUACUGUUGUGGACGUUCGUGCAGAGCUUCAAAGCCUUACCCUACGUGUGCCUUCUCAUCGCGAUGCUCUUCUUUAUCUACGCCAUCAUUGGGAUGCAGGUGUUUGGCAAUAUAGACUUAGCACCCGACUCAGAUAUGAACAGACACAACAACUUUCAAAGCUUCAUUCAAGCACUCAUGCUACUAUUCAGAUGCGCAACGGGCGAGUCCUGGCCUAACAUCAUGCUGGCGUGCCUCAAGCCGGCAAAGUGCGACGAGAAGGCCGGGAAGAGUCCAAGCGAACCUUGCGGAAGCACGCUGGCUUACGCCUACUUCGUAUCGUUUAUAUUCUUCUGUUCCUUUCUUAUGUUAAAUUUAUUCGUUGCCGUCAUUAUGGAUAAUUUUGAUUACCUAACGAGGGAUUCGUCCAUCCUCGGCGCACAUCACCUUGAUGAGUUUGUUAGAAUAUGGGCAGAAUACGACCCAAAUGCCACCGGAAAGAUCCAUUUUACGGAAAUGUAUGAUAUGUUAAAAAAUAUGGAUCCUCCGUUGGGGUUUGGUAACAAGUGUCCGAAUAGGUUGGCCUAUAAGAAAUUAAUUAGAAUGAAUAUGCCGUUAGACGACGAAGGAAAGGUUAAUUUUACUACCACUCUCUUUGCGUUGAUACGGGAAAAUUUAAACAUCAAGAUGAGAUCAGCGGACGAGAUGGACCAAGCGGAUGAAGAGCUGAGGGAAACGAUCACUCACAUAUGGCCAUUGCAAGCGAAGAAAAUGUUAGAUUUGCUGGUGCCUCGAAACGAUGUACUCAAUACAGGGAAAAUGACCGUGGGCAAGAUCUACGCGGGCCUCCUCAUCCUCGAGAGCUGGAGAUCUACUAGGUUUGGCCGGAAUCCGCAGGGCGUCACGGCAUUCGGCGAGAAUAGCCCUACGGCCAAUCAGCCGAAGGCGUCCUUCUUUAACUGCCUGUUGGACGUGGCGGCGGGGCUGGGCCCGGGCUCGCGCGCCGGCUCGCUCAGCCACGAGCCGCCCGUCGCCCUGCCGGCCGCUGCCCAUCACGAGGACCACGACUCCCACACCCUCGCGGACCUCGCCCGACGGAACACCAGAAAGUCACUCAAGAACAAUAAAAAGGUGUUGGAGUUGCAAGACGUAGCUUCACACCACGCGUCUAUUGAGUCUCUGGACGAGGCGCGACUAACGGCGCCGCACACCUACCAAAACGGUCACCACGGCAGGUCUUCCAGUUUGAGACGGACGCCCAGUCCGAGGCGGCGCGGGCACUACGGGGGCUACCACCACGACAUCGGGUUCUCGGACACGGUCAGCAACGUCGUCGAGAUAGUGAAGCACGAACACCAGCGGCACGGCCGCUCGCAUCGCCCGCCACACCAUUACCAUCCACAUGGGAAGGAGUGGAGAGCGCCGCACCCAACGACCAGCCUGAGCCAGCCCUCGCGGUCGCCCAGCCCGCCACACCACACCUACGUUUGGGCUCCAAUAGGUGAGCGAGAGCGGGAAAGGGACCGCGAAUGGCGAGCCUGGCGGGACCGGUCGUGGGAGCGAGACGGGGCGCGGCGCGGCCGCGGCCGGCAGCUCCCGCCCACGCCUACCAAGCCGUCCACGCUGCAGGUCAAGCAGCAGCCACCGUUCACUCGAAUCACCCAUAGCCCCUCUCAUUUAUCAUUGAGGCAAACGGUGCGGGACCCGGUGGAGCCUUUGCACGAUGAGUACGAGUAUGGCCGAGAAGUAGAAAGACUGAUACACCGAGACUAUAGAUCUAGAGAUAGACGCGGGCGGGGCUACGAGAGCGAGCGGGGAGGGCGGUCGUACGAGCCGGUGGCGCCGCUGUCGUACGAGGCCGCGCUGGCGCUUGGGCGCGGCGGCGGCGGCGGCGGCGCGCGCGCGCUGCCCUCACCCGCGCCGCCCUCGCGCCUGCCCAACGGCUACAAGCCGCGCGCGCGCCACUCCGACUCCGACGAGGACGACUGGUGCUAGCGGCGCCGACGCGCGCGCUCCCAGAGAGACGUGCGCGCCGCCGCGGCCCCCGCGACUCACGCGCACACCUUCUGAAGCGUCGCGCCCGGCCCGACCCGCGACAACACGCCUCGAACGAUCUUGUUUUUACUCGGCGACCGUGUGUACAUAGACGACUUACGUUGCUCAGGAUUUUGGACGUCCCUCCUGGACAUGGCGGACCACCGCCGCGCCCCCUCCCGGCGGGCCUCCAUGAGUUAUAUCCAAAUUCUAGUAUUUACAAAGUUUUGGAAAAUUUAAUUUUUAAUUCGCUAAAAUUUUACUCUUUAAUUUAUAUUACGAUUUAGGUAAUCGAAGUAUGAAACAGUGCCAGACAGCUCGUUUGCGCUAGGAUUUUUACAUAAAUGAAAUUAUUAGUCUGUAUUGUAAAAGUAACUUUCUAUAUGAUAAAAUUUGCACUCGAUAAAGUCCACGUUAUCUCGCCUCGGCGGCGGCGCGCGGGGCCGGCGCCGGCGCCCGCGCCUGCGCGCCGCGCGUCUCCAUCUACAACUUAGUCGUUGGGAAACACUAGCAAUUCAUCGUCAGACAAAUUAAUACUAGUAUUGUAUAAAAUAUUUACAUAGCAAAUAAUUUUUACUUAGUUAAUAUUAUACCUAAUAAUAACAUUUUUUAUUGA